AGAGUAAACCGUACAUUGUGUUCCCAGUAUCAGCGUAGCGGCCGUCGCACUAACCGUUUGUAAUUGUGAUAAUUGUGUUGUGUCUGGACGCAGUGAGUGAGACAUACUAUCAUGCUGGACCAGGAACUACUCGCCAAGGGGGGACUGACGGAGGGCCAGCAACAGCCGCCGCCUCACCUUACAAACCCGUACUCGCAGUUCCAGCAAUACCAGCAGAGCAUGGCUGGCUAUAACAAUAUGGGCUAUGGCUUCCCGGCUAUGUAUGCCCAGAACGGCUAUGGCUAUCCUCUCCCGGGCUACCCACACGCUCCUAGCCCGCCCUCAGACGCAGGUUAAGAUCUGGUUCCAGAACCGCAGGUCCAAGUACAAGAAGUUGUACAAGGCGGCCCAGAACGGCCAGCUGCCAGGAGUAGACGCGGCAGAGAUUGCUGCAGACCUCGGAGCUAACUUGUCACAGAUGGUUUCUAAUGGUCCAGAGUCUCCCAGUUCCCCUGCUACCACGGACCACGGCCACGACCAGCCACCUCCGUCAGUAGGCCCUGACGGCGGCCCACUUUCUCCCCCACCCGACGACCGCCCACAGUCGCAGCCUCCCACGGUAUCCAGCCACGGUGAGAUGACAUCCCCAAUGAUGACGGCUCCGCGAGACAUGAUGGUGUCCCCACCGGCUCACCUCGCCAAGGAAAUGAUGGCCAUGAACCCGGCUAUGGCCGCAUGCGAGCAGCGCCGAGAUCAAGCCAUGAUGCCCCCGCACCACCAGUGGGACCCUGCCCACUAUAUGUCCUACUGGAACCACUACGGAGACAUGGCCGCCCACCAGAUGAACCAUCAGAUAAUGACCUAAGCUCCAUGCAGAGCUCCCACCAGCGCCACCUCCACGACCUUCUAAGAGGUCACAUUACCCUUCCCUUGGCUUCUCAAGGCUAUCCCGUGAGCAUCCAGCAUUGAAGCAAAGGACAGAUUCGUAACAACAGUGGCGACUUCUCACUAUGAAAAGCUAGCAGAUCUGUCUGUUGUUCCCAGAGGGAGCGGCGCCUUUCCUUGCACACUUAUAAUCGUCGGCGACCCCCACAUGUAGAGGCCUAUUGUGUAGGCCCCUCACGCUGUGCUCCCCUCCCCAGUAACUCUCACGUCAGCGACCUCAACCCCAACUCUUCGAGUUCACUGGUCAUUCCUAGCAUUCCAAUCCAAGGUGACGUGUCAAUGCAUACGUUUGCACCACAAUGUGAAGUGACACUGUAUCAGCGCAGGUCUCUGCAACGCACCUUCCUGAUGUACCCUGCGCUCCAGAUGACCUCACGCGAUGAUUAGGUUGAUUCCUCGUGAUCAGUGAAUGCCAGGUGAUGCAGCAGACCCACAUGAUUGUCCGUAAACUCUGCGAAUUUAAGAUAGUUUCAAGCGGUGAAAAUGAUCCCAUUUAAUAUAGGUGACGACUCCAGGCGAUGCAGCUGGCCCUAGGAGAGUAUAGCUGGUACCUGGUGAAUAUAGCUGGCGCCUGGUGAAUAUAGCUGGCACCUGGUGAAAACAGGCGACACUUUGUAAAGACAGUUGGCUCCAGAUAAACACCAGACUCCAGGUGAACACCUGACCUCAAGUGACACUCACCUGAUCCAGGUGAUGCAGCAAAGCCUCCACGUUCCCUUGGUGUUCAGACAUAGAAUAUGAAUUGCCUCCUGUAUUAUGAUGUAUGGUUAGCGUGUAUGAAUAUGUAUGAAUUUAUUACUCUUGGCCCACAUAAUAAAUGCAUGUUGUAUUAUUGUCUGUGUGCAAUAAACGCUGGACCAGUUAUCAGUGCUCGUGUAAUCCUGUGGUUCUUAGAGCGGUUAGUAUUGUUCUUUAAGGCGGACUGUUCAAACCAGUUUAAAGUCAUCUGUAUCAUGGUGCACCUGUGACACUGGAGACAUUAUUUUAACUUUCGUUCUCUUAAGUAAAUUUAAAAUAAUGAGAAAAAAGGAGGCGAGGGGGAGGGGAGAAUGUGUCUUUUUUUCGUCUCUCAUUUUCUCGUAAUUCAAUUUUUUUUUUCACGACCUUCUGCUUUCGAGUUUUACCUUGGAUUCUUCUUUGCCCUGGUUGUUUUUCUUGGUUCCGCUUUAUCCUACGAUUUGCUCUCCGUCUCUAUCAUUUCUUUCCCUCCACUGCUUCCCUUCUCAACCCAUCUCCAGUCGGACGAAUAUUUAUUAAAUUUUCAGUAUUUUGCACAUUUAUUAAAAAUUCAGGUUUUAAAAAUCGUAAAUUUUAAUGAUUAUCCAAUGGAUUAUCGUGUUCCCAUUACAAGACAGAAUGCUCACUUGUUCUCCUUCAGAGAACAUGGUCCAUUUAUAUAUAUUUUUACUUUCUAUUUAUUUUUUUGUCUAUCUAACAGCAAAGGAUGUUUUAAUCUCUGUAUAUAUUGUAAGAUAUGUCUGUGUAAAUAUAUUCUGUAUAACUAA